CUUUUGAUAUGUAUGUCUUUCCAUUGUGAUUCUGGUUCAUGUUAGAAUGUCGUCAUCAUCACUGUCUUCUUCAUCCUUUGACAAACGUACUUUGGCAUCUCCCUUGUGCUUCUGUGACGUUGAAGCUAUAUUGAGAUACUCAAAUACUAAGGCAAAUCUUGGACGACCAUUCUUAAGGUGUCCAAAGUACAACACGAAGGGAUUACCAUACUAUAAAUAUUUCAAGUGGGCAGAUAGUGAUCAAGACAUAGAGCUAGAAGAAAGAAAAAAUGAACUGUCAAGGAAGGAGAAAGAGCUCGAAAAGAGACACAUCGAUGUCGAAAAUAAAGUAAUUGAGCUCCUUAAGAUAGUGGAUGACAUCAAGAAGAUAGAGAUGGUGCUAUACAGUACAUUUGAGGAGGUUUAGAAAAAGGAGUUGGUGCUUCUUGAGAGAGAAGCUUCCCUAAGGCGUUCACGCAUGUUAUCCCGGGUGUACUUUGGUCUUUUUGUAGUUGUUUUUUGUUAUUUAUACUCUCGGUAGUGGUUUAUGUUACAUCUUAUUUGGAAUUUGUAGUUUAAGUUUUAUUAGUUAU